GGAAGUCAACUUGUAGCUAAUAAAGAUAAACAAAUUUAAAGGAAAGAAAGAAAGGAAGGAUUUAUUUAUUUAAUUAAUUAUUUAUUUAAUUAUAUAUUUGCUUUGUUUUGCUUUCAUUUGAACUCCUAGUUAUUUGUACUAUCAUCAAACACUUAGUCUUCCUCCUUCUAAAUAUACAUCACAAGAGGUCAACUGGCAAAAGAAACAAAAAAAAAUUAAAUCGAAUUUUGUGUGCCAUAUUUUGUCUCUUAAAAAAAAAAGAGAAUUAUCCACACCUGUUCAGACAAUAAAGAUCAAGCCGUAUCUUGACCAACCAACAACAACAACAUCAACUCAUACUAAGAUGAACUUACAAGAUAGUUGCCUACCUAAAAGUAACGACCAUGAUCUUAAUGGUUCCCCAUUUGCUCCUUCAACUUCUUCUUCCAUAUCAAAAUCACAUCUGGCAUUUGAUUCUAUUUUAUCAUCCAAUUCCAUUUCAACUUUAACUCCUUCUUCUUCAUCAAAUUCAACUACUACUACCACAUCCUACAUCCUUGGAACUAACCCUAUCACCAGACAACAUCAAACUGAACAUAAUAUAACCAUUACUGAUAAAAAAUCUUCCAUAGUCACCCGAUUAUCUACUCCUCCACCAAUAAUAUCAUCCUCCAAUACUAAUGAAUCAUCUCAAGAUUCAGUAGUAACUCCAUUCUUAGUCAAACAUAUCAGUGAUCAAUCUUUAAUACCUCAUAAUAACUAUCAUAAAUAUUGUUACAGACAUAAUCCUGAUAUAACUUGUAAUAAAAGUACUGAUGAAGAUAAAAUGAUUAAAAUUCAAUCCGCAUUAGAGAAAUUACCAUCAAGAGAUCAAGAAGCCAUAUCCCACGUAUGGUCGAUCUUCAGUGCUGCCCCUUCCCAACAUCGUCAAUUAAUCCUUCAAGGAAUGUUAAGUCAAUGUUGUUUCCCUCAAUUAUCAUUCAUAUCUCAAGAAGUUUCAACUCUAAUCAGAAUCGAUUUCAUAACUACAUUACCAGUGGAAUUAUCAUUACGAAUCUUAUGUUAUUUAGAUUGUCGUUCCUUAUGCAAUGCUGCUCAAGUAUCAAAGAAAUGGAAAUCUUUAGCUGAUGAUGAUAGAGUUUGGCAUCAUAUGUGUGAACAACAUAUUGAUAGAAAAUGUCCAAAUUGUGGUUGGGGAUUACCCUUAAUGCAUAUGAAACGAGCACGAGAAAAUGCCGAAGAAGAAAUCGCUCCUAUAAAGAGAAGACAUGAAGAGAUAUCAGAUGAUCUUGUCGAAGGUAAUGGUUCAUCAUCAUCUCAACCGGAAUCAUCCCAACCGGCUGAAGACAGUUCUAAUAAACGUCCUAAGAUUGAAGAAUUAAGUAAUACCACCACUGUAUCCCCUCCAAAAGUCCUUAAGAAAAGACCAUGGAAAUCAGUUUAUUCCGAACGGUAUAAACUUGAGAAAAAUUGGAGAAAUGGUACCUACACCAUAAAACGAUUCUUAGGUCAUACCGAUGGAGUUACUUGUCUUCAAUUCAAUCGAAAAUAUCUUAUGACAGGUUCAUACGAUACCACCAUUAAAAUUUGGAAAAUCGAUACUGGUGAAUGUCUUAAGACUUUGGAAGGUCAUACAAAGGGAGUUCGAUCAUUAGUAUUUGAUAAUCAAAAAUUAAUCACAGGAGGGUUAGAUUCUACUAUUAAAGUAUGGAAUUAUCAUACGGGUCAAUGUAUCGCUACUUAUCGUGGUCAUGAAGAUUCGGUUGUUUCAGUUGAUUUCUCAGGAAAGUCGAUUGUAAGUGGAUCUGCUGAUCAUACGGUUAAAGUUUGGCAUGUUGAUUCUCGAACUUGUUAUACGUUAAGAGGUCAUACGGAUUGGGUUAAUUGUGUUAAGAUUCAUCCUGCUUCCAAUACCAUAUUUAGUGCUUCCGAUGAUACCACGAUUCGAAUGUGGGAUUUACAAAAUAAUCAAUGUUUAAGAAUCUUUGGUGGAGCAGGGAAUAAUGGUCAUAUAGGUCAAGUUCAAACUGUGAUUGCCUUCACUUAUAAAGAGGAUUUAAUUGAAGAUGAAAGUGAAAGUGAAAAUGAAACUCAUAAACCUCAUCAUAAUGGAGGUAUCCAUCCUACUAUAAUUGGUCAAGCUCGUAAUGAAGCUCAACAACAACAAGAAAGAGAUCGUCAACAAGAUCUUCAACAAUUCAAUAAUAUCGAAGAAAAUGUCGAAGUAGAACAACAACCUCAAGAAACUUCUAAUGACCUCUUAUGGGAUCCAACCUACCCUACUCAUUUAUUAACGUCCUCUCUUGAUAAUACUAUCAAAUUAUGGGAUGUUAAAACAGGGAAAUGUAUCAGAACUCAAUUCGGUCAUAUUGAAGGGGUUUGGUCUAUUGCUGCUGAUACUUUCAGAAUCAUAAGUGGAGCUCAUGAUAGAUUAAUUAAAGUAUGGGAUUUACAAAAUGGUAAAUGUCUUCAUACAUUUGGUAAUCCUUCAAGUGUAAGUUGUGUAGGAUUAAGUGAUUCAAAAUUUGCCGCUGGAUUAGAUAAUGGAGUGGUUAAAAUGUAUUGUUUUUAAAAGAAACAAGAUGAAGAAAUUAUUUAUUUUAUUUUUUUUGGGUUUUAAGUAAUAUUAUAUAUAAAAAAAUUUUAAUUUGGGUUUAAUAUAUUUAUAAAGU